GGGGGGUGUUUCAUCAACAUUUGUCGGCGGAAAACUGUCAGCGCUGACUAAAUCUGUCAGCGCUGACAAAUGGUCAGCGCUGACUAAAAACCGUUUCACGAAGCUCUAUAACAAGCUCUGACAAAUUGUCAGCGGACUUUUAAUCUUCAAUCGAGUGGGACGAGAAUUCUGACUAAUUAGGCCACGCCCACCCUCUUUAUUUCGCUUCACCGUCGUCUGCGACAAUCAUCAUACAAUGAACCCAACUUCUAUGCCGAAAUGGUUUUUCGUAGAAAUCCCGUAAAUUUACAGAGCGACUUGUUGCAGUACCAAAUGCUUGUCUUCUUUGAGUAUGUGCUUGAAACAAAAUGUCCUGGAGAGAACAGACCACCACAAGAGAAGAGAUUGAGAAGGAGGGUUUCCUGUGGAGAGAUGGGGUGCCUUGAGGUUCCAGUCUUGAUGUUCUGCCCCUUACCUCAUAGCGGUGGCCUCUUGUGCCCAACAAUAUAGGAGCAAAGCACAAUCGACUGGUGGUGGACCCCAGCCAAAAUGUCAUGACCAUCACUAGAUGGUGCUGGAGGCACUGCCAGCACAACCAAUCCAGGGCUGCUAUGGUAGUGAAGCCGAAGCCGGAAAUGGAAUGUCCUUGUUGAUUGAAUCAAAACAGCAUCAAGAGAACCAACAUUUUCCAGAGACUCAGCAGCAACAACCAACAACAGCAGCUGCAACAACAGCAGCAACAACAACAGCAGCAACAGCAGCAGCAACAACAACAUCAACAGCAGCAGCAACAGCAUCAGCGCAGCACCAGCAGCAGCAACCUGGACAACAACAGAGAUGGCAGCAGCAACGUCGACAACAUGGACAACAAAGAAAAUGCACAGUUGAUGGACAGCUGGAGCUGUUGGAGAUUGAGAGGGAGAUAUUUGUAAUAUAAAAAUUGAGGUUUAAAAGGAAAAAUAGCAAGUAAUGAUAAGAUACAGAAAUCAAUACUAGAAAAUGAACUGUAAAUUUUCUUCAUCAUUUUAACUGCAUUUUUCAACCUUUGAGGUUUUUUUUUCUCUCAGUAGUUUAAGUAGAUCUCAAGGUAUAGAUCUAUUGAUCUAGAUUAAGUAGUUUGUUCUUUGAAAAUUGAUGGAAAAUUGACACAACAAAUGUCAUUCUGAUUUUAUUUUAUUAAUAAAUUCCGUUCAAUUGAGAAGGCCCUUUAACAUUAAUUUCAGCUGUUGUUGUGUGUUUAUUUUAAUUUCGUUGUCUCUACCAAAA